GCAUGUUCCAGGCAGCUCACCCGACUCCCUAGAUUACUAUGGGAUCGGUAGGGUCCUGAGCGUCGGAGAAGCAAGAAAGCGUAGCCCACGAAGAAAGGCCUGAACUCAGAAGAAAAAUCGAGAUCUGCUGGGGAUUUUUUUUUUUUUUUUUUGGUCUUGGUUGUGCGAGGGAGGAAGAGAAAGUUGUGAGGCCCGGUCGAAAGUGAGGCAGCGCGAAGGCCCCCUCAGGCGGCGCCGAGGGCAGCCCCGGCAGCCGGGGCCUGGUGCAGCCGCCGCGGCCGCUGUCAGGGAAGCGCAGGCGGCCAAUGGAACCCGGGAGCCGCCGCUGCUGCUGAGGCGGCGGUGUCGGCAGCCCGACCCCGACCGCCCGCACCCCCUCCGCCGGGGUCCCCCGGAGCCUGGAAGCUCGAAGUCUGGCUGUGGCCAUGGGAGACACGGUAGUGGAGCCUGCCCCGCUGAAGCCAACUUCUGAGCCCACUCCUGGCCCAUCAGGGAACAAUGGGGGCUCCUUGCUAAGUGUCAUCACGGAGGGGGUCGGGGAACUAUCAGUGAUUGACCCUGAGGUGGCCCAGAAGGCCUGCCAGGAGGUGCUGGAGAAAGUCAAGCUUUUGCAUGGAGGCGUGGCCAUCUCUAGCAGAGGCACUCCACUGGAGUUGGUCAAUGGGGAUGGUGUGGACAGUGAGAUCCGUUGCCUGGACGACCCACCCUCCCAGAUAAGGGAGGAGGAAGAUGAGAUGGGGGCCACGGUGGCCUCGGGCACAGCCAAGGGAGCAAGAAGGCGGCGGCAGAACAACUCAGCCAAACAGUCUUGGCUGCUGAGGCUGUUUGAGUCGAAACUAUUUGACAUCUCCAUGGCCAUUUCAUACCUGUAUAACUCCAAGGAGCCUGGGGUGCAAGCGUACAUCGGCAACCGGCUCUUCUGCUUUCGUAAUGAGGACGUGGACUUCUAUCUGCCCCAGUUGCUUAACAUGUACAUUCACAUGGAUGAGGACGUGGGUGAUGCCAUCAAGCCCUACAUCGUCCACCGUUGCCGCCAGAGCAUUAACUUUUCUCUCCAGUGUGCCCUGUUGCUGGGGGCCUACUCUUCAGACAUGCACAUUUCCACUCAACGACACUCCCGCGGGACCAAGCUACGGAAGCUGAUCCUCUCAGAUGAGCUGAAGCCAGCUCACCGAAAGAGGGAGCUGCCCUCCUUGAGCCCAGCCCCUGACACAGGGCUGUCUCCCUCUAAAAGGACUCACCAGCGCUCUAAGUCAGAUGCCACCGCCAGCAUAAGUCUCAGCAGCAACCUGAAACGAACAGCCAGCAAUCCUAAAGUGGAGAAUGAGGAUGAGGAGCUCUCCUCCAGCACCGAGAGUAUUGAUAUUUCAUUCAGUUCCCCCGUCAGACUGGCUCCCGAGCGAGAAUUCAUCAAGUCCCUGAUGGCGAUUGGCAAGCGGCUGGCCACGCUCCCCACCAAGGAACAGAAAACACAGCGGCUGAUCUCAGAGCUCUCCCUGCUCAACCAUAAGCUCCCUGCCCGAGUCUGGCUGCCCACUGCUGGCUUUGACCACCACGUGGUCCGCGUGCCCCACACCCAGGCUGUUGUCCUCAACUCUAAGGACAAGGCUCCCUACCUGAUCUAUGUGGAAGUCCUCGAAUGUGAAAACUUCGACACCACCAACGUCCCCGCCCGGAUCCCGGAGAACCGAAUUCGUAGCACCCGGUCUGUAGAGAACCUGCCCGAAUGCGGCAUCACCCACGAGCAGCGGGCAGGCAGCUUCAGCACUGUGCCCAACUAUGACAACGAUGAUGAGGCCUGGUCGGUGGAUGACAUAGGCGAGCUGCAGGUGGAGCUCCCUGAAGUGCACACCAACAGCUGUGACAACAUCUCCCAGUUCUCCGUGGACAGCAUCACCAGCCAAGAGAGCAAGGAGCCUGUGUUCAUUGCAGCAGGUGACAUCCGACGGCGCCUUUCGGAGCAGCUGGCUCACACCCCCACAGCCUUCAAACGAGACCCAGAAGACCCUUCUGCAGUUGCUCUCAAAGAGCCCUGGCAGGAGAAAGUGCGGCGCAUUAGAGAGGGCUCCCCCUAUGGCCAUCUCCCCAAUUGGCGGCUCCUGUCAGUCAUUGUCAAGUGUGGGGAUGACCUUCGGCAGGAGCUGCUGGCCUUCCAGGUGUUGAAGCAACUGCAGUCCAUUUGGGAACAGGAGCGAGUACCCCUGUGGAUCAAGCCAUACAAGAUUCUUGUGAUUUCGGCCGACAGUGGCAUGAUUGAACCAGUGGUCAAUGCUGUGUCUAUCCACCAGGUGAAGAAACAGUCACAGCUCUCCUUGCUCGAUUACUUCCUGCAGGAGCAUGGCAGUUACACUACUGAGGCAUUCCUCAGUGCCCAGCGCAAUUUUGUGCAGAGUUGUGCUGGCUACUGCUUGGUCUGCUACCUGCUGCAAGUCAAGGACAGACACAAUGGGAAUAUCCUGUUGGACGCGGAAGGCCACAUCAUCCACAUCGACUUUGGCUUCAUCCUGUCCAGCUCACCCCGAAACCUGGGCUUUGAGACAUCAGCCUUUAAGCUGACCACAGAGUUUGUAGACGUGAUGGGCGGCCUGGAUGGCGACAUGUUCAACUACUACAAGAUGCUGAUGCUGCAGGGGCUGAUUGCUGCUCGGAAACACAUGGAUAAGGUGGUGCAGAUCGUGGAGAUCAUGCAGCAAGGUUCUCAGCUUCCUUGCUUCCAUGGCUCCAGUACCAUCCGCAACCUCAAGGAGAGGUUCCACAUGAGCAUGACUGAGGAGCAGCUCCAGCUGCUGGUGGAGCAGAUGGUGGACGGCAGCAUGCGGUCUAUCACCACCAAACUCUACGAUGGCUUCCAGUACCUCACCAACGGCAUCAUGUGACAUCCUCCUUCUCAGGCCCCGGAGCAGUGGGGGAUUCAGGGGACCCUCCCUGGGAAGGCCCUUGUCAGAGAAACCCUAAACCAGGAAGCCCUACCCACCCAGACAUCCACCAAGGGAAAUGGAAGGCAAGAAAUACAGAGGAUCAUGUGGUAACUGUAGAGCUUGCCAGGGGGGUUGGGAGAACCAGCCGUGGGGUCCAGACUUGCUGGGGCUUCCCUGCCGCCUCCCGCCAGCUGUGUCAGUAUUACCACCUGACAGACUCCAGGGCUCACUGCCCUCCAGAGAACAGAAGUGAUAAAUGUGAGGGACACUGGGGCCUUUCUUCUCCUCACUAGGGUUUGAGAGGUUCUUUCCGCAGGCCAUCCUCUUAAUGUGUCCUGGGUCCCAGGAAGGAGAAAAGAGUAGGUUCUUGGUACUAAGGACUUGAUCCUGUGGUUGGCCUUCGGCCAUGCUGCUGCCCAACUCUGUCACCUCCCAGGGACUGACCCCUAGCCCGAGUUCCCCUUGGUAGGUGGGCUUUGGCAUAGGGUCCUGCACUUGCUGAGGUUCCCCAUCCCAGGAGUGAGGAAGGGAAUGAUCAUAGCCCCUCCAGUCUGAGGGUAUUGGCCUAGCCGUGGGGAAUUCCUUGCCCUUAUCCCUUCCCCACACCCAGGGAAAUAGCUCUGUUUUUUAUUUUUAAUUUUUGUUUGAAAUAAAGUCCUUAGUUAGCCA